CAUUAUCAGCGUCAUCAGUACAGCGUGCUACACUACAAACCAGUGAAUCAUUGAUUGAUGAUCAGUCAAUCACUGAUGGAUAGUCAUUAAGAGAAGAGAACAGCAUUUUCAAGUUGUUAGAGCAAUAUAAGUGAAUGGAGCUUACAGACGGACUUUGUAGAAACCAUUGUGCAUGGAUUGGUGUGGGUGUAUUUAGUUGCAAGCUCAUCUACAACUUUGGAGGUUCCCAGACAUGUCUACCAUCUUACAGCUCCUUGGAACUACACUUGGCAUUCUCGGCUGGCUGGGCAUCAUCAUAUCAUGUGCCCUUCCUCUAUGGCGUGUGACUGCUUUUAUUGGGACCAACAUUGUGACUGCACAGAUUAUGUGGGAAGGGCUGUGGAUGAUCUGUGUAGUGGAGAGCACUGGCCAAAUGCAGUGUCAGGUGUACGACUCCAUGCUGGCUCUUCCUCAAGACAUGCAGGCCUCUCGAGCAAUCCUUGUCUUUGCUUCCCUUGUUGGUUUAAUAGCAAUAUUUACUAGUUUUGCAGGUGGUAAAUGUGUUAACUGCUUGCCAGACGGUAUUGCAAAGGCCCGGGUUGCUGUAGCAGGAGGGGCCGGCUUUGUCACUGCAGGGGUCUUGGGUUUGGUGCCACCUAGCUGGACUGCCCAUCAGGUCAUUGGGGACUUUUACAAUCCUGUAGUGCCCCAGGCUCAGAAGAGGGAGUUGGGAGCAGCUAUCUUUGUCUGUUGGGGGGCAGCAGUUCUCCUGCUGAUUGGUGGAGGACUCCUUUGCAGCUCUUGCCCAAAAGGAAGAAUGUCUCAUGGGGGUCGGUAUAUGGCAGCUUCUCAAAAUGGAAGGGAGCGCUUGUAUGUGUGACUGCAGGAUGUCUGACUAUUGAGAACUGAUGUGUGGAUGGUUUGAGUGUCUUAUUUUUUUAGAUGUCUGUGUGUUUGUUGUUUUUUUUUUUUUUUUAUUAUUUUAUUUUUUUGUGAUAAGAAUUUCAACCUGUUGCUGAAUUGUGGUCAGUUGAGCUAAAUAAAAUACCAUUUUUAUCCAA